GAAAACAAACCAGUCUUUCAAAUAAAUAGUUAACGAACUCAAAAUGGCAACUUUUCAAUCUUUCGAAGUAAUCUUGGAACGACAAUGCGACAAGUUACGAGAUCUUCAAACUGCAACAAUAUUAAUUAAAAACAAAGAUGUAGUGAAAAAUGAGCUUGUUCACAUGCGUGCAAAGAUUUUACACAUGUCCGAUGGCAUUAAAGCUGUAAGAAAAACACUGAACGAUAUGAGGGAACAAAAUAAUCAUUGCCAAGAACUUCUAUCACUGAUAAACAACUUGCACGAGAAAAAUAUCCACAUGGAAGAGAAUGUUCCAUCGACACUGAUCUCUAAUUACCAGAUGGAUUCUCUGAAACAUGUUCACAAGGAAGAUUUUCUGAGGGUUCCGAACAACAGAGAGCUGUUCAAGAGUCCCAUAAUAGACUGCAAAAAGAUUCUAUUCAACGAGCCUGAAGUUUACCCAAUAAUCCCUUUAAUAACUAAAGACGAAUUUGGUACGAUUCCUAAGUAUAUCAUUGGAAGACAGUCCCUGGACAGCAUAAAUAGCCUAAUUGAUGCCAUAAACCAGGUAUUAAAGAGGAAAUAUACGCUUCUGUCGCUGGGGAAAGCUAAUGCCAGAAAACAAGGUGACCUGAGCCUUUAUUUACAUUAUAAGAAACAGGAAUUGGACAUCUGCAGCAAGAAUGAGUACGUGUAUUUUUUCACCAAAGAGGAUUACGAGGAGCAGACGAAAUGCAAACUGAACAAAAUCAAGCUGAAUUUGCUGACGGUUUUGAGACAUUGUAAACGAUUGCGGGAACAUAGGAUAAAGAAUGAUCUACGAUACGUUGUAUUACCGAAGUAGGCCAU